AUGAAGCUCUCGUACAGGGAUGCUACCCUCGUCGUGUGUUCCUUCAACAUCUUCCUCGCGCUUCUUCUCCUGCGGGGGUUCUUCGCCGCGCCGGCAACCCAGCCGGGUCAGCUCGAUCCUGGUAAGGUCUAUCUCUGCGAAAUUUUCAUUGCGCGCGUUUGCCGAUGGUUGGAUUUCAUGAUUCUUUCUUCUUCCUCUGAAUACGCCUGAUUCCUCGAGGUGGAGGAUCACGUUGACCCGGGGCCCUACACUGGUGGGAUGUCCCCGACUUCGAAAUACUUGGGGAUGUGUUGGAAUGCACCUUACUAAGAACAAGCGACCUGUUGCAGUUUGUGCAGCAGAUCUGAACGAGGACAGGGAAGGAGAUUUGGUGGCAAAUCUUGUGGGAUGGACAGAAAUAAUGCACUUCACUAGACUCUUCUGAGGCUGUGUGCACCAGCACAGAAUCAGCUGUUGGUUUCGAAACAAUUAUCUCAGCAUCUGCAGCGUGGAGGCUGAUGGCAUUGAACUUUGGUAGCUUUUUGAUUAAAUUAGAUAUCACGUCCAUCGAAUAUGCUCAUUUUUAGCAACCCUGGAUGAUAGGGGUCUUGUUCCUUGGACCCUUUCUUGCAUCCACAUAUAAUGACUUUUGGUCACCAAACCAUGGGUGCGAAAAUAAAAUCGUAUUUUAUCUAUUAUAUAAAUAUUUCCUUCUAUUUCUCUCACUGAGGUCAACUCCCUUUCAUUCUAAUGUGUUGCUCUCAGCUAUUUUAGAAAUCACUUCACCAGUGGUCAAAUAGCUGGAACAAUGACUAUUGUUUGGAUCAUAUUGAGAUAUAUUUGGGUAAUCGUGGUUAAGAAGAUAAAAUCGUAUUUGAUCUAUUAUACAAACCUGUUUUCCUUCUAUUUCUAUCACUGAGCUCAACUGCUUUCAUUCUAAUGUGUUGCUCUUAGCUAUUUUAGAAAUUACUUAACCAGUGGUGAAAUAGCUGGAACAUUGACCAUUGUUUGGAUCAUAUUGUCCACAAAAAACAGAAUUAUUGAGAUAUAUUUCGGAAUCCGAGGAGAUGCGCCGUGCAAUGGAGCCCGUGGAGCUGAUUAAGAGAGUAAGUUGCAAUAUGGCCACAGUUUGAAAAUCAUCAACUCUGAUAUAUUUACUUGGAUCGGAAUACUAUCUAAUCGAUUCUCAUUUAAUUGGUUUUAGUUGAGGGAAAUCGAACAAGAGGCGGAUGCUGAACCAGAAACUUUGCAGCAGAAUGUUCCAAAGAAAACUGCCGCGGCUGAUCUCUCCAAGAGACUGCAUGAUCUACGGACCAUGAAUGACGCCAACGGCCAGAAAGGUACCAUCUCUUUCUCCGUUUUUUUUUUUCUUUCCACAGAGAAAAAAGAAACCCUUGUCAUGAUCAUAUAAUCCCACAUCAAAUACGAGAAGACUAGACGUGUGAUCCAGUACAUUGGUUAUGAGCUAAAAUGUCUGCACCCAACUCGUGAUCCAUUGAUUCUGAGCUGAACACAGUGAUUCCUUGAAUGGUUUCUUACUAGAAUCACUCGAUCUGCUUCAGCAGAUUCUGUGUUCGUGAAUCAGUGGAGCCAAGUUUCAUGGCUGCCCGUUUUGAUUCAUGAUGAUUACUUGAUGCUUCUUGUUGACUUUCAGCCAUUGAGGAGUGGCGCCAACGGAAGAUCGAACGCGACCGAGCACGUCAACUACAGAUCGAAAAGAACGCAUCUGUGGCGACUUAA